CUACGUAAAUAUCACAUGACUUGCAUUGUCACAUGACCACACCAUAACCACAAAAAGCUCAGACAAACAGAUUACCAUAAUCCAGUUUUCGCACAAUUGAAGCUGUUUACAAUACUGUAAACACAUACCUAUCAGAAUGUCAAUGCCUGGUGGAGCCUCUGGAACUAAAGCUGCGGACGAGGAAAUACAGAAACUGUGUGACGCAAUUCGAGAUGAUUUGGAGAAGAAAGCAGGCCGUAAAUUUACAGAUUAUACUGCUAAAGAAUAUAAGUCUCAAGUUGUUGCUGGUACAAAUUACUUUGUAAAGAUUGAUGUAGGAAAUGGACAAGCAAUUCACGCUAGAAUUUACCAACCAUUACCUGGUCAAGGGGAGUUAACUCUUAAUAACUAUAAAGCAGAUUUAAAGCUGGAAGAAGAAUUAGCCUAUUUUUAACUCUCAAGUCUCUUAUCAUGUCCAAUGUUUAUAUUAUCUUUGUAUUUCUUUAUUUAGUUAUAUAACAAUUUAAUCUGGUGAUACUCUUAUUUUGACUGAAUUUCGAAUAAAGUAGACAAAAAUUCUUAAAUUAACAUUAAAAUGAACCUUUAAAUUUAAAACAUAAUAAUAGUAAUAGUCUCUAUAUAUUGUGCAAUAUCCAUGCAAGGCCAUGUCCAAAAGUGCCCUUUUGAGUGAAUUGGACAAAUAUAAAUCAAAUUUUUAACCGAUAAAUCCACAUUAAUUAAACCCUAUUAAUUUAAUCUGAAUACACCAUGUUUUGUGAAUUUCAAAUUGAAAAUGAACUAUUCUGAGAAUCUGGACAACAAUUCUUUUAAAUUCUUACAAGAUAAAUUAUAUAAAUUAAAUUAGCCUUUACAUGAUUUAUAUUUCACCAAAAAUACAGGGUAUUAUUUUAAAGGACUAUUAACUUUUAUUGAUAUUAGGCGGUACAGUAUAAUCAUAAUUACGUUUUAAUAUUUUGCUUCAUUCAAAAAUUAUUGAAAUUAUAUGUAGCCUGUAUAAUCAGUGUUAAACUCAGUGCUGGAUUUAUGGUGGGAGUGGGGGGGGGGGGCAAAGUGCGACAAAUGUCGCAGACCCUAUGCUUUCUGUUGUAAUUCAGACACUCCCAUCCCUAUUAAAAUUAAUCCAACCCAGGUUAAACUCAAAUAGUUUUAAUUCAGACACCCCCCACCCCUAUGCUUUCUGUUGUAAUUCAGACACUCCCAUCCCUAUUAAAAUUAAUCCAACCCAGGUUAAACUCAAAUAGUUUUAAUUCAGACACCCCCCACCUCUAUUAAAAUUAAUCUAGCCCUGGUUAGUGAUUAUACUCAAAUAGUGUUAAUUCAGACACCCCCACCCCUAUUAAAAUUAAUCCAGCCCAGGUUACACACAAAUAGUAAGUUAUCUCUUAUAAUCUGAUACAUAUAGCCUGAUGCUCUUCGGGAAUAGGCUUUGCUCAGAAUAAGGUUGUAACAAGGGGGCAUUGUUUCUUUAAGCAUUGUUAAAUUAUUUUUAUUUAAAUAAAUGUUUUACAACUGUUGUUGAGAUUUUGUAUUGUUCUUGUAAAUGACAAUCAUUUAUCAUAUCAGUAUACAUGUAUAAAUAAAGGAGGGGGGUGGCACCAACUCAGGGGCAGCGACGGCAUACACCCUUUUCCAUCCUUAAGACAUAAACCCCAGAUGUUAUGUUAUAAUUGUACGAUCAACUUUUGUUUAAACUGUGUAUGCUGUCCUUGGUGGAUGCAAUGAUACAAUAAAAUCUUAUAUUAUCGUAUCUAAACAAUUCAAAAAAUUAUUAUAUGUUGGUUUUUCUUCUUAACUAACCAAAUCCCACGUUCUUAUCAAUUAUUGCUGUUGAUUUUGUUUCUUUGUAUCCAGGGCAUGCUUCAAAGCACCUUUGCAAGGGAUUUUUGAAAAUUCUCGUGCCCCCAAUGAAUAGAAUCUACUGAAUGUAGAAUUAUUUAAUAUAAGAUUCUCAGAUUAAUGAUAUGACCUAUAAAUUAAUCCUGUUUAUAAAUUUAAUUAUGAUUUUAAAAAAAUACAUGUAGUUGAAGAUUAUGAUUAGACAUUGCUUAUCAAUUUAAUUAUGUUUAUAAAUUUAAUUAAAAUAAUUAAUAUACUUGAAGAUUACCAUUAGGGCUUGCUUAUAAAUUUUCUAAUAUUAAAUUUUCAUGAUCAAGAAUCUAAUAUUUUUAUACUUGUAUGAUUUAUUAUUUGUCGUACAUUAAAUAUUUUUAUAUUAA